UUGAAUACUGCAACCGUCACAACAGCAGACAAUAUGCCAAUUGUAAUGACAAAAGAUGAAUGGUCUCGCAUAGCUCGAUGGACAGACACAAAUCGCGAGGAUCCGGAAGUGACCCGUCGCAGGGAAUAUGUUCGUUAUCUCGACCAGGCUAGUAGAGAGAUGACAAAAAAUUGGCCCAAUUCUUUGGAGAACGUAAACAAGCGCAAUGAAGAGUUACGACGCGAACGCAUAGAGGCGGCAGAAGCAGCUAACAGCAAGUUCUACCAGCAGUACCUGAAGAGGAAGCGAGAGGAGCAGCGGGAGCUGAUGUACAGCGCGCGGGAAACCGUGUUCAAGAAUAAGGACGCGCCGAAACUUUUGUUAUCUGCUGUCUUAGAAACGGUUAUUCAGAAAGAGCGAGAAGAACAAUUAAAAUUCAAUAAAGAACUAAAGAGAAUGAGGGAUGAGCAAAAAAGGAAGGAUGAUGAUGACAUCGUCAGGAAAGCGAAAGAGUGGCACGAGCUAAUGGAACUGCGUAAGAAGAGGCGGUUCGAAGCCAACAAACAACACCAGAAGGAAAUUAUUGAGCAAGCUCAUGAGGUGGCAGAGCGUAACCGUAUCGAGUAUGAGACAGAGUUGGAGCUGCAGAAGAUCGACAAUUUAAAGGCAGAUGAGCAGAUGGAUGAAUUGAAGAAGUUUGAGGAGGAGUUUAAAGCAGCUGAAAAAGCGCGCAUCUGGUCGGACAUGGAGCGUUCCCGCGGUGAGGCGGCGCAGCGGCGGCGCGAGGCGGCCGCGCGGGACAGCAUGGACGACCGCCUCAUUGCCGUGCUUCAGGCCUCGCGCGCGAGGGUUGAGAGGCGCCGCAAGCAGACUGAAAGCGAUGUGAAAGAGGAAAAGUUGCGUGUGCUUGAAAAAAUAAGUCAGAAGCUCGAAAGCGGAGACGCGGCGCGAGAGGCAAAAGAACACGAAAAUUUACAGAAAGCUAUCAAAGAGAAGGAAGCCGCUGCCGAAGCACGUCGCCAAGCGGACGCACACAAACGCGAGAAGUUCAAACAGGAGCGCAUCGAGGUCCGCAACCAGUUCCUGCGCGACGAGCAGCAGCGCCUGCACGAGUUCAAUACCAUGCGCCAGUGGGAGAUCAUGAACAGAUUCAAAAAUGCAGAGCUGUAUCAAGAUUUCCAAGAAAAAUUGCGUCUGGAAAAGGAGAGAAAAAUAAAAGAGUAUCGCGAAGAUAUUCUAAAACUGUGGAAAGAGCGUGACGACCGCGAGGCCCGCGAGCGCGCAGAGACCCGCCACUUCUACGGCGAGCUGGCGGAGAGCAAGCUGCGCGCGGCCGACAACAAGCUGCUGACGCACGCCGCGCGCCUGCUGGAGGAGGCGCGCGCGCACCAGCGGCCCACGCAUGCGUUGAAUAAAGCUAUUGAUCGCUACUGCAAGCAGUACCGGCUCUACCCGAUGCCACCGCUCCCGGCGUCGCUCCAAGAGCACUACGGUCCGUACGCGCCGCGCGACCAGUCAGCGCCGGACGCGGGCUACGAGUACCCGCCGCCGCCGAGCGCGGGGGAUGGGGAUGAGGAUGGCAGGGAUAAGCGGCCGGCCAGGCGGGACGGCUUGCAAACUGCGAGUGCUGUACCAGGUUCGUCUAAAGUAAACACAAAAGUAGAAGCACCGGUGGAUGACUACAAGAGAGCAGCGCCAGCUAACGGCUUGCAAAGGAAGAAGAGCUCCCUACCACAAAUAGUCCCGUGCAAGACGGAAGGUUGUCGCUGCGAGUUGAAGAAAUAAAACAAAGCUUUUACAAAAUAUCAUUUUAUUUAUUUCAUUUUAGAAGUUCAACAAGAAGUUAGCGUUAUGGCACGAUGAAACUGUGACUAGACAGAUGUCAAAUUUUGAAAUAAAUUGUUUAAGUUGUC